ACACACUCACUGAGACAGGGUGUUUUCUCUCCUCUAUAUUCAGCGCUUUUUUUUUCCUUUUCAGUUCAUGCUGUCUCCUCAGCAUGUUUUGGCACAGCCAGCCAGGUCAUGAUAGAGCUCCAGAAUCACUGUAAGGCUCUCAGAAGGGGACUGUUGAAUUUGACGGAUCAGAGUGAGAAGGGGAAUCGGUGCCUGAGGAGAGAAGAUUCCGAGUCAGAGGCAGCUACAACCACCUCCAAAACGAAGGAUUUAACUUUGUGAUGCCUGCCUGGAAACACUUUUAACCCUUAUCCUUCCUACUGCUUUUGUAUUACAUUAAAUAGGACUACUUUGACUACUGUAAAAGUAGUGCUACUUUCAAGACGGUUAUGUUCAGCCAGCGAAACAUGUCUACAAAUUCAACGAUUGACCACUGCAAAGCACCCAAUAAUGUCACAUACCAAAUCCUCUCCUGGGUGAUGGCUGGAGAGUUCGUGCUGGGUCUGCCGCUCAACCUGUCGGUCCUCUACAUCUUCAUCUUCAGGUUCAAAUUCUGGAAGAACAAAAGUGUCUUCCUGUUCAAUAUUGUGGUUGCAGACUUCUUGCUGGUGGCGUGUCUUCCUGCCAAGGUCUACCAUUACUAUCAUGGCCAGAGACGCAGCCCGAAUAAAGUGCUGUGCAAGACAAUGCUGUUUAUGCUGUUUCUCAACCGAGGGGCCAGCAUCGCCUUCCUCAUCACCCUCUCCCUCGACCGCUACUUCAACGUGGUACAUCUUGGGAGGAAGAAUUUUGUCAAGGUGCUGAAGAAAAGUCCUCAGAUCUCCAUCAUCAUAUGGCUCCUCUUGCUGCCCCUGACCAUCCCCACUAUGGUUAACACCUUUGAGUGUUGCAACAGCCACGGCCGCAAAGUCGAGACUUUUUCUCAUGAUGUGACAGACACCUUCAGAGAGGUGGUCUAUUUCACCCAGAUCAUCAUCCCCUUCAUUAUCCUCAUCUACUGCACGGUGCGCAUUGUCCACCGGCUGAGGAGGAAGACAGUCGGGGAAAAGACAAAACUGAGGAGAGCUGUGUGCGUGGUCAUGUCUGUUGUCGUUGUCUUCUCCAUCUGUUUCCUGCCCAGCACCAUAGCCAGAGCAGUGCUGCUGGGUGUCAGGCUGAAGGAAAUGCAGACCACAGAGGACGUCGUGGUGCAGGUCUACGACAGCCUCAUGGUUUUGUCUUAUAUUGACUGCCUGCUGGACCCGCUGGUCUACUGCUUCUGCCACUCAGGGUUUAAAGAUGCUUACGUAUCCGUCUUCUGUCCCUCGUGUCUUCAGAAGAAACUGAAAAAUACUGACUUUGGUUUAGGAACGACGACGACGACGCUUUCGCAUUCUGGAGGCAGAAAAAUUUCGAUGCCGAUAUUAGAGACAUGAUUGGCUCACCCACUUUCAGCUAACCUGAAAGAUUAGACUUUGCUCUGAAAGUGUUGACUGGAGUCCGCCCAUUGCCCCGCCUCCACCACAGAGUAACUCAUCUGUGGGUUUAACUAUCAUCUGAUCAAAAAAGCACUGAUAUAAAUGCAACUUGUGCUCGUGCUGGAGCUGUGUUUGGUUUUUUUGGGCGCAGAUGUUCCACUCUGUAUGUAUGCAUGCUUCUUUAUGUGUCAUCUGCUGAAAUAUUUCGCAUUGUAAUUCCCUUAAGUUUUUAAUAUCCUUCUGUUAGAGUUAGAGAGACUGUCUUUCAAACAUUUCAAGAACAAGUCAUUGCGAGUUAAAGUUUAAUGCUUUCGAUUGUUCACUGCACAUAAAUAACAGAAGAUAGGCGCAACAAAACAAAGUAGUCAGAGAACAAGUCAGGGAGGUGCCAGUUAACACUGAAUAGAUGUAUAUACAGUCCUGUGGAAAUGGUUGGUCGGGGCUUUCAGUACAUUAACAGGGACUAGAAGUAGGAAUCUCCACGCACCUCGCAAUUCUGUUCCAAGGAUUCAAUUUAUUUUCCCUGUGUGUCUACUUGCUACUGUUAAAACAUAGUGUAUUUGUAAUGCUCCAUUAUUACAUUUAAACAGAUGAAUUUACUUACAAUAUCUUUUAUCAAUACAAGAUAAUGCAGCUUGUAUUAAGCUGUAGUAAUACUGCUUUUAAGCCAGACUGUGCCGGACGUAUUGUAUCCAUCUGCGGUUGCUCAAGCUCAGUCCUUCUGACCAAACCUAAAGAACUAGCCUAGCUGUGAACGCAAACACAACGCACUUGUUUUAUGUCUAUUACUAUUCACCGGCCAUUUGGUUUAGUCAGAAGGAUGGCACAGCCAGGCCUUGCAAAAUUGUUACAGGUGAUCAUAAUGCCAAGAGUUGGGUUUUAAAUUUCCGGUUAUUGACUUUCCUGCACUGAGACUUGCAAUAAGGACACAAAAUGAGUAGCAUCCACUUGUAAAAUGCUAGUAAAAUAUGCCAGUGGUUGCUAGAUUUGCUUCACUCACCAGCUAAAAAUUUGCACCCUGAUUGCGAUGCAUCUACAUCUGCGCCUCCAGCCAUUUAAAAGAGGGUAAGGCGGCAGAGGGAAAGCUGUCUCCAACAAGGAGGUAGAGAUAUGAAGCAAUUGCUGCACAAGUGCACGUUCGCAGAUUCGUCUCUGCUGUGCUGAGUUCACUGUGUUGAGCUUCUGGUAGUUGCCGCCUGGAUUAGGCCGAUCAGAUAGAGGGCAUCACAGAGGCAGAAAGGAGACAAGAUGGAGGAGAUGAUAAUGUUGGUGUCUGAAUACCCGGAGUUACGGUGCUAGAAACUUGUAAGGAUAACCAGAAGAAAAACUGGGCCUGGGUUAGCAUUUGCACCAAACGUCAGGUGACUGGUAAAUUGUCCAAAUAUGUAGAAAUUUUCUUGACAUGUAAAAUAUUGAAAUACUGUCUGACUGGUCCACUCAUACAGUAUGGCUUCAUAUUAUGCGUCUGCUGCCUGAUUUAAUGUAAAAUGCUGCAUGCUUUAAAUACUACAACUUAAAUAUAUAUAUUUUUAUAUCAUUUUUUUACUUUAAUGUAUUAAGGCAUUUUAAAUUAUUAGGAUUUCAUUUAAACCAGGUGUUCAGAUGAUACAGCAUUUCCUUUGUGAUUAAAUUUUACUGUGUAUGAUGGCUGCUGCAAGAACUGCAAAGUAGUACAGUACAGUAUAGACUGUACAGUGUUUGCAGAGCUCUCAUUCAUCACUCAGGAAACGCUAUAUCUCUAAGUUUAUCACCAGUACCUCAAACCAGUUGUACCUGUCCUCACUGUGAGACAUAUUGUGAACUUCAACCUGUUUUCUACCAUUAAUCAAAGAUGUAUAUAAACAUUUCAAUACCUCACAGUUGCUCCUUGCAGUUUUUGGAAGGCAUUUUGUUUUAGGGUUGUAUUCAUACUUCCCACCUACAAAUGUUAUGUAACUAAUUAUUCAUGUUGCUGCCUCUUAUGACGAGAGUAAACUGGCGUGUGUACAUUCUGGUGUUUAAAGGAGGUUAAAAAAUGAUGUCCAACAGUGUGGACUGCAGAAACCUGGGAGGAAACUGUCCUCAUUCACACUGUAAACAAUUCUGCAACAUUGAUUAUCAAAAUUGAAUCAUUUGUAUAAGACUGAACUACUAACUGCAGGUCUCUGUAUAUUGUUGCUGUAAAUAAACAGAGCACAGAUGAUACGGUUACCACAAGUGCACCGUGGUAGUUUUACAGAGUCUGAAAGAGAGGGGUGUUGUACUUUCCCAGCAAAACAUGACCGAAAGAUGGAGACAUCUGAUAGCUACAAGAUGUGCAAUGCACAAACAUGCAAAGCUCUUUUUGUAAAACCACAUUCCUCUUUUUCUAAUGGCGUAACGUUACGCCAAACAAGCACAAAAAGCGACACAUAUCCUAAUCCCCUAUCCAAAUCCCUUUUGUACCCUCCUACAUCAGUUGCAAAUUCCAAAAAAAUCCAGUCACACUUUAACCCUGAAGUAAUCUGCAAUAGGUCAAUUAUACCUCCAUUUCUGUGUGUCUUGUGUCUGAGACUCAGUGUAUUAGCCCCUCUUUUUAACCCUUUUUUUCUAUUAUGUCUGAAGCAUUUCGAGAUGUGUGUUCUUUGCUGUGGGCAGGCUGUGUAGAUGUUGCAACAGGAGAGCUGGUGGUGGCUGUCAAGUUGAGGCUCGCAGCCUCAGAGCAGGAACAUUACAGCAGCAAAAACAACAACAGAGAGCAUAAGUACGAAAACAAAGAUAAACAAACCCUGAAUCCAGAAAAACACUGAACAUCAGUGUUAUUGCUGCCACCUUCUUUGCAGAUUGGCUCCACGCCCUGUCUGCUUUUUAAAAGCCUGUAAUGGCUUAAUGUCUCAGAGUGAAUGCAGUAUUAAGGAAUUUAGCUCAUAAAGACAAAUGACGUGUUGAGUUGGAAACCUGAUGAAUUUAGGGCAAGGAGAGAAAGGGUAACAACAGACUUCAUGUUGUUGUUUUAAUUAGACAGUUCCAUCUUCAUUAUGGGCACUGGCCAAACUAAAAGAUCACAAUACACAUCAAACACACUCCUCCCAAAUAUGGUUCCUGUGGUUUUAGGUAGUUUUUUUUACACGCUGUGUGUGUUCAAGUGUUUAUUUUUCUGAUAAGUUUGGUUAUAACUAGUCAUUUGAUGCUGUAAAAAGUGGGUUUGAUGUCAUGAUUGCAGGAAGAAGGGGAGAUGCGUUGUCUAUUUUAUGCACAGUCAUUGCUUCCUACACAGUAUUUAGUGCCAAUGUACAUGCCUUAACUAAGAAAAGGCUCAAAUGCAAAGACCAUUCUCGAGAUUUAACAAAUCAAUAUUGGAUCAUUCAAACAAAAAACGCAAUUUAUCAGAAAAUCGACUUCUUAAUCCAGCCUUAAACGGGAGGGUGUCCUUUCCCAACACUGACCUGUUCCUAGUAGUGCCAGCAGGCUACUGUGUUCCUGUAGCACCUUGCGGAUCUGCUCAAUUUGCCGCUGAACCACUUCACAUGGAUGAUCUGGUGCCUGCCAACACAUAAACAUUAACAGCUAGACCAGUAGAAGAAAACAGAACAUGUUCCAAUAACUGUGGGAGGCAGAUACUUCAGGAGAAGCAAUAAUCUGAUGUUCUACUGCUAUCUAGUGGCAAGACAAGAGCUAGUACAAGUGGGCAUGCCUGAUUACUUGAACAGUAUUGAGUAAAAUAUAUUCCCAACAAAUAUCAUUUAUCAAAAGGAAAAUGCUCAAUCGGAUUGGGAUCUGGGGAAUUUGGGGGUCAGUUUGACACCUUGAGCUCUUUGUCAUGUUCCUCGGGCCAUUCCUGAGCCGUUUUUUGUGGUGUAGCAUGAUGCAUUGUCCUGCUGGGAGGGCACUGCAAUCAGGGAGUGCCCUUGCCAUGAUGAGGUGGAGGGUGUGGUCUUAAACGGUGUUUGGACUUGUGGUGCAUGUCAAGUGGCAUCCAAAGGAAUGCCAGGACCCAGGGUCUCCCAGCAGAUCAUUGCAUUGUAAUGAGAUAAUCAAUGUUAUUCAAUUCACCUGUCACUGGUUUUAAUGUUGUGACUGAUCGGUGUGUAAAUAUAUGUUCAGUGAUGGACUCCUGUGGAUGUACAAAUGAUGAACAUGCACAAAAAGAAAGCAAAGGCCAGUCUACACAGAUCGACCAGAAUCUGCACACAAGAACCUGCUGUGAUAAUAUGCCUGUGAAUUCAUGCAUGCUGACACCAAAAUAAACUUGAGA